AUCCGCUCGAGAGUGCGCAAAUCAACGUGCGCAGUAGCUAAACCCAUGUGUUGCAGAGGUCAUUUUCAGGUUAAAGUGCUGUCCGACGAAACUGGGAAUUAAACAACAAAAAUGUCGAAGCGUGUGGGUGAUUUUAUGGGUAGAAUGGGUAAAGGCCCAGCUGGUCUCGGUACUGGUAUGAAAUUACUUGGAGUAGCAGGCGCUCUGGGCUAUGGAAUAUACAAUGCAAUGUAUACCGUGGAGGGUGGCCACCGGGCAAUUCUAUUUAGUCGAAUAGGGGGUUUACAGAAAGACAUAAUGGCAGAAGGUUUACAUUUCCGAGUUCCAUGGUUUCAGUAUCCUAUUAUAUAUGAUAUUCGUAGUCGACCAAAAAAAAUCACAUCACCAACAGGAAGCAAAG